UAUAUAUAUAUAUAUAUAUAGAUAAUAGCUGCAUCUUUAGACAUCUACAUGAGUUUCCAUGGAUACAAGAUCAAGAUUUUCGUGGCUUGUCUUGUUUAUUGCCAUUCCUAUUGUUCGGCUGAAAGGUGAUGAAAUGGGAAACGGCACAGCGCAUUCUCAAAGCGUUAAUACAACUUCUUUGGCUCUUCGUAAGCUUCUUCAAGGAAAUAAAGAUAUAGAAGCUGGCAGAAACAAAACUUCAACUGAAGUUGUGAUCAACAGCAAGAAUAGACACAAUGGCCCAUAUUAUAGAGGAGGAGGGGGUGGCGGGGGUGGAGGCGGAGGUGGCGGUGGGGGUGGGGGAGGCAGUUAUAGAUGGGGAUGGGGAGGAGGAGGAGGUGGUUGGUAUAAAUGGGGAUGUGGGAGAAAACCAAAACAUGGUAAAGGAAAAGGCGUUGGAGGUGUCAGAAAUCAUCACUCACAUAGAAAGAGAAUUUUCAGCAAGGAUGAUGAUUAUAAGCUGGGAGAGUUUGCACAAUGCAUGGGUAGAGGCCGGUGCAGAGGCAUGAGAUUGGAUUGCCCUCUUCACUGCGGUGGACCUUGUUUUUACGAUUGCCAACAUAUGUGCAAGGCUCACUGUCGACGUUCCUGAUGAUCAUUUGCCAUUUCUCCUAGCUAGCUAACUGGCUGCAUUCUUCAAAGACUACAUAGUAUGCAUUGGUUUGGGAUUUGGAUUUUAGAUUUCCAGUGGCGUGUUAAGACUUUGUUGGGAUGUUUGUUUGUAUGCUUGAUUUUAUCUUUUCCAUCAAGAAACAGACAUACUGAUGAUCUGCAUUCAUGUUGUGUUAACCUUUGGUUUAAUUAGCUUGGUGGUUUCUAUCAUCAUAUCUUUAGGGAACUGCUGUUUGCAGCUGUAGUAUUUUCUUUUUCCCUUAGUGAGUGAGAGAUUAAUUGAACUUCCC